AGAACCAACGAUGGACUUUGAUGAAAACGACGACUCUGUGUUUCCCUCCCUCCCCCUCGCGGCCCCUCCUCCCUCCUCCACCUCCCUGGACCCGCUUCCUGACAACUCCCUUCCGAGGAUGAAGCCCGUCCACACGUACUCCAGAACCAACCAGAACCACACGCAGUACUCCACCAGACCUACUCCUGGUCCCUCCUCCUCUGCUGAGCCUCCUCCUCCACAGAUGCCCACUGUGACCCCCUCUCUCUCCCUUCCUCCUCCCUCCUCGACAUCAGUGACAACCAACGGCCCUGCUCCUGCAGCCUCCUCUGCCUCCAUCCCUCCUGCUCCUCCUCCUCCCUCUACUGCUCCUUCCUCCUCCAACCCAUCGGACCCCCUCCCCUCUGGAUGGUCCCAGCGCAGGUCUCAGGAGCACGUAGUCCAGUUUGCCUCCCAGAGCCUGCAGCAGCAGCGGGCCAGCCGGAUGCUCCUGACCUCGGUGUCCCGGUCUCUGGAGACCCUGGCUCAGUCCGUCCAGCUGCUGGUGGAGAGCCAGCAGGAGUUUGUCCAGGAGUCUCUGCUGCUGCAGAGGGAGACCGUGGACAUCCUGAGGGACUUCUCCAACACUACGCUCAGCAUGCUGAGGGACAAAACCAGCAGUGGACAGCUGCAGACACGUCCUCCUCCUCCUCCUCCUCCUCCUCCCCCUCCUCCUCCUCUUCAUCAUCAUCUUCAUCAUCAUCCCAUGGCCCGGUUCUGAAUC